UGUGUGUGUAGUUAUUUGUGUGUCCCUGGGCCCCUUUAUCCUCCUGGACCUGCUGGACGGCCGCAGCCGCUUUGGGCCAGGCCGCCCUAGCCGAAGCGGGGACACCCCGCGAUGGGCGACCAGCCACCCGCGAAACGAGCCCGGGGCGCCGGCGUCGAUGCUGCGCCGCGCGUGGCGCUGAUCACGGGCGCCUCCAUCCGGCGUGGGCGCGCAUCUCGUCAGGCACUUCGCCGCAAAGGGGUGGAAGGUGGCUGCGCUGGCCCGCUCCGAGGAGAAGCUGCGGGCGGUCUGCCGGGAGGCGGGCGCGGGAGCGCUGGCGGUGCCGUGCGACGUGGCCAGGCGCGAGGAGGCCGUGGCCGCGGUCAGGCGUGCCGAGGCCGAGCUGGGCCCCAUCGGGCUCUGCAUCAGCAACGCCGCCGUGGGCCACAACGGGGCGCCCUUCUGGAAGCUGACGCUUGACGACGUGGACCGCUGCAUCGACAUCAACCUGAAGGGCACGAUUCGAAUACACGAGGUGUUGCAGGGCAUGGUCAAGCGGGAUACCGGUUACCUGUUUGCCAUCGCGUCUGUGGCCGGCACUUGGGGCAUCCCCAACGAGGCUGCGUACGUGGCGAGCAAGCACGGGAUGGUAGGCUUCAUGGACACCAUCGCCAAUGAGACCCGUAGUACAGGCGUCACUGUCAGCACCCUUUGCCCGGGCGGCAUCGACACGCCGUGGUGGACCAAGGACCACCCAUACGGCGACGGGAAGAACCACGCAGACGGUAGCACAUCUCACCUCAUCAGCACGCAGGAGAUCGUAGACAUCAUAGAUUUGCAGAUGCAGAUGCCCGCUGGGCGUGUUCUGAAGCGCCUCGUCUGGUUCCCGAAGGGGGAAUGGCAUUGAGGAAAGGUGGAAGGGUGACCGUGAGGUUCGAGAGGCCAACUCUCUGUGGGCACAUUUUAGGAACCCCUCUUCCGGUCGGACGCGCGCUGCAUAGGCCGAUCAUCACUAUCCACGGGUAACGCGAUGGUUUCACGCCGCCCUGCCAGCCUCAGGGACGUUUUCGGGCCGCCGCUGUGGGCCGCGAUGAUCAGUCAACAGAGCUUUCCCG